AUGUUGAGUCAAGGUACAUUAGACAUUACAGUAAAUCUUUUAUUUGAAAAAGCCGGUUAUAUGAUUCCAAAAACAAAGUCUACAUCGAUUAAAAAUCAUGAUCUAAAUCUUGCGACUCUUCUGCAAACUACUGGUCAGUGUUCUAAGCUGAAUUUCCUUUACGGAUUCUUAGUCAGCAAAUUAAACACAAAUGGCGUCAGACUACUUUUUUCGCUAGCAACAUGUUAUACCACUUCAAAUAAGGUUUUCAAAACACUG